CAAUGGUGAACUCUUUUCACUUUCGGAUAACGCGAAAACAUAAAAACACACAAAGACGUAAAUUAACGGUCAGAAAAGCCAGACAUUUGGAUCCAACGGCGCACAUCUCUCCUUGAACCCCGCUCUUCUUCUAUGUUCGCACUUCUCUCUCGUGUUAGCAGAAUACAUGCCCUCAAAUCUUCAGACAAACGCAAAUACAUAUAAAUUUCUUCGAUUUUUCCUCCCUUAAAUUCUAGGGUUUCAAGAAUGUCCGUCAUGGAACCUCUGCAACCAAUAAUUCAUAGAAACAUCCAUGUAUAUUCGAGCAAUAAUCCCAAAGAUUUAUAUAAAUAUAGGUAUUUUUAUAAUCGAUUUAGGGUUCUACAUGAAAAGCCGAAACUUUUUGUCACUAAUUCGAUGUCGUUCGGGUCGAGCAACAUGUACAGACAAUCUAGGGUUUUGACGAGACCGGAAGGGUUUGACCUCUGGGGAGGCUUUUUGAGGAAUCGAGGUUGGAGAGAUAGUAGAAUUAGAGCGUGCGAGCAAGACAGUGAUUCGACGGGAGAAAAGAGUGAAGCAAAGGCCAACGAAAGCAAAGGAGCGAGUGAGACUGGACCGAGGACGAAUUCUUCUCCACCGUCUCCGUCGUCGAGGAGAGAGAAGCAAAGGAAAGGUGGGUGGUGGAAGGGAGGGAAGUGGCGGUGGCAGCCCAUAAUCCAGGCGCAGGAGAUCGGUAUAUUGUUGUUGCAAUUAGGUAUUGUUAUGUUCGUUAUGAGGUUGCUCCGGCCGGGGAUUCCGUUGCCGGGGUCGGAGCCAAGGACUCCGACCACGUUUGUCAGCGUUCCGUACAGUGAUUUCUUGAGUAAAAUUAACAGUAAUCAGGUUCAGAAGGUUGAAGUUGAUGGGGUGCACGUUAUGUUUAGAUUGAAGUCGGAGCAGGGUAGUCAAGAAAGUGAGGUAGGAAUUGCUAGUAAGUUACAGGAUUCUGAAUUGUUGCUUCGGAGUGUAACUCCUACGAAGCGAGUUAUUUACACAACUACAAGGCCAACUGAUAUUAAGACUCCUUAUGAGAGGAUGCUUGAAAACGAUGUCGAGUUUGGUUCUCCGGAUAAGCGGUCAGGCGGAUUCAUGAACUCUGCUUUGAUAGCUUUGUUUUAUGUUGCUGUGCUUGCAGGACUUCUUCACCGCUUCCCUGUAAGCUUUUCUCAGCAUACAGCUGGCCAGCUUAGAAACCGUAAGUCUGGCAAUUCUGGUGGAGCAAAGGUGUCUGAACAAGGGGACACUAUCACAUUUGCUGAUGUUGCGGGUGUUGAUGAGGCCAAGGAGGAGCUAGAAGAAAUUGUGGAAUUUCUGAGGAAUCCGGACAAGUAUACACGUCUUGGUGCUCGCCCACCUCGAGGUGUUCUCCUGGUGGGUCUUCCUGGGACUGGUAAGACACUCCUAGCAAAGGCUGUUGCUGGGGAAGCUGAGGUGCCUUUCAUAAGUUGUUCUGCAAGUGAGUUUGUGGAAUUGUACGUUGGCAUGGGAGCGUCCCGAGUCAGAGAUCUCUUUGCACGGGCAAAGAAGGAAGCACCGUCAAUAAUAUUCAUAGAUGAGAUAGAUGCCGUGGCAAAAAGCCGUGAUGGUAGAUUUCGCAUUGUCAGCAAUGAUGAACGAGAGCAAACCUUGAACCAGUUGCUCACUGAGAUGGAUGGUUUUGAUAGCAACUCUGCUGUGAUAGUUCUUGGAGCUACUAAUCGCUCUGAUGUCUUAGACCCUGCACUUCGCCGACCAGGGAGAUUCGAUCGUGUGGUUAUGGUGGAAACACCCGAUAGGAUUGGAAGAGAAGCCAUUGUGAAAGUACACGUUUCUAAGAAAGAACUUCCUCUGGGAGAAGAUGUUAAUCUCGGUGAUAUUGCUGCUAUGACCACUGGUUUCACUGGGGCAGACCUUGCAAAUUUGGUUAAUGAAGCUGCCUUAUUGGCGGGAAGACAGAAUAAAAUUGUGGUGGAGAAAAUUGAUUUUGUUCAAGCAGUGGAACGAACAAUAGCUGGAAUAGAAAAGAAGACUGCCAAGUUGCAGGGAAUUGAGAAAGCUGUUGUCGCACGGCAUGAAGCUGGACAUGCUGUUGUUGGAACUGCUGUUGCAAAUCUUCUUCAUGGUCAGCCACGUGUUGAGAAAUUGAGCAUAUUGCCUAGAUCAGGAGGGGCAUUGGGUUUUACUUACUCUCCUCCCACAACUGAGGACAGAUAUUUGCUCUUUGUUGAUGAGUUACGUGGACGCUUGGUUACUCUUCUUGGAGGACGUGCAGCAGAAGAAGUUGUUUACUCAGGCCGGGUUUCAACAGGUGCACUUGAUGAUAUACGGCGUGCAACAGACAUGGCAUACAAGGCUGUGGCUGAGUAUGGUCUUAAUCAGACCAUUGGCCCUGUCUCAGUGUCAACACUUUCUGGUGGCGGGAUUGAUGAGUCUGGGGGUUCCGUUCCUUGGGGAAGGGAUCAGGGGCAUCUUGUUGAUCUUGUUCAAAGUGAGGUCAAAGCAUUGCUGCAAUCUGCACUUGAAACAGCACUCUCUGUUGUUCGUGCUAAUCCUACUGUUUUGGAGGGGCUUGGUGCCCAUCUGGAAGAAAAAGAAAAAGUAGAUGGUGAAGAGCUGCAAGAGUGGUUGAAAUUGGUAGUUGUACCAGCAGAACUUACAUUCUUCGUCAAAGGCAAGCAAGAGUCUCUUCUUCCACUUCAGAUAAUGUCAUGAUAACAGUUUCUGCAAAUUGAUUUGUCGACAUCAAGUGAAAUCUUGGUUGGGUUUAGAAAUUCCCAUUUCAUAUAAUGCCUGACCUUCUGGCAAAAAACAGUUUAUACCUGUUCAUGUCAGUCACUUCAUUGAACAGACCUCAUGAUUUCAGUUAGUUAACUUUGGUUGUGUCUUAACACAUCCCCACCUGUUCUUCAACUUAUACUCUAAAAACCAACUCAAAAGGCGCACAUAAAAGAGGAAGCAAUUGAAGAUCCUAAAUGUAAGAGGAUUUCUAUGCGAUUCACCAUCUUCAGAACAAAAGAAAGAAAGGACUUAUAUUUAUAACACUUUUGGGUUGCUCUUUCCAUUCUGUUGUACAUCUGGCACUUAUUUCUGUGACUUGUUACUGCUUUAUGCAAUUGUAAUAUCUUUUUCUUCUUGUAUACAUUAUUCCUUUAAUUAUAUGAGCAUCCACAUGUUGAUUUAGAA